AAGCCCCGUCCCGCCGCCGGCCAUAGGCGAAUGUUUUGUGUGCAGCUCUGCGCCGAGCGGCGAUAAACGUGCUGAUCGGGGAGACGCUGUGGGGUUUAAUGGCAGGGCUGGAUUUCCGGGCGCAGAUCUCCUCCAUCAUGCAGGUGCUGUCGAGCGCCGCGGUGGCGGAGAUCUGUGAGGUCAUCGACGCGGCGAUUCAGCUGCAGGUGUCGCGGAGCCGCAGGGAGAACGAGCUGCUGAGGGAGCGGAUCCAAGCAAUGGAGAGAGACUCGCUGCACGCUCGCUCUCUGUCCGCCUCUGCAGCCGGCUUCACCCAGUUAAAAAGACCAACGUCCAGCAGAACUGAUCACAGCACUGCAAGUGAACAAGGAGGACUUUCAGAUCAGGCAAUCACCAUGAAGGACGAGCCUACAGACCCUGAAGACAAGCCAGAUGUGCUGAUAGUGAAAGAGGAAAAGCUACAGACUGUCUGCAGCCCCUCCUCGUUUAGGGAGGAACUUUCUGCUAAAGCGAACGUGAGUCAGAUGGAAAGAGUUUGUGCUGCAGAUUCAGCUGCUUUUUCUUCUGUGGGACCAGAUGAUGAAACUGGGAAAUGGAGAAGAGACUCUGAGGAGGGUGAAGUUACAAAGACUGCAGUGCAUUGCAUUAUGUCUGAUAAUGCUGUGGACGCUGUUAAAGAUGUUGACCAGAGAGAAGCGAUUGUCUGUGUGGACAUAAAAACAGCCUGUGAAGGAACUGAGACUCCUGCCUUUGAUCAUAAACAUGUUGAAUUUCUGCCUGCUCAGCAGUCUUGUUCUGACGCUGAUGUGAAACCAAAUUUCUUCAUAAUUGAACCCAGACCAGCAGAAGAAUUAGACAGACAGUUGGAGUGUCCACAAAAUGGCAUGGAUGAACCCGUUGGCAUACGACACGGGCUCCAGUACAGAGACGGACACAGUACUUCUUCAGAAAAACGUUUUUUAGGUUUUAUUGGCUCGUUCAGCAGCACAAGCAGAGAUCACUUAUCUUGGACAUGUGACCAGCAGCAUGUUCCUAACCACACUAACGGUGGCCCUCAAACUCUGAGUGGAGAUGCUCCAUGGAGCUGCCGUCUGUGUGGAAAGAGCUUCAGCCACAUGAAGCUGCUGAAGCUCCACGAGCGAGUCCAUACGGAGGAGAAGGUGUACCUCUGCGGCCGCUGCGGACGGCAGUUUCCCCAGCUGUGCAGACUAAAACGGCACGAGAGGGUCCACACCGGAGAAAAACCAUUCUGCUGCGCCAAAUGUGGAAAACAUUUUGCACACGCCAACAAUCUGAAGGUCCACCAGAGCGUCCACACCGGAGAGAGACGAUUCAGCUGUGCUCAGUAGGCGAAUGUGGUGUUAGAAGACUUGCUCAAGGACUCUUAUUGGUUUAUUGUAGGGUGUUUACCCAGGUGGGGAUUGAACCCCACUCUACAGCGUAGAAGGCAGAGGUGUUACCCACUACGCUAACCAACCGCAAUCAUUUACCUCACAUUUGUCUAGAAACCACAAAAUCUCGGCAAACAGUCUGAUUGAAGCUGUAGUAGAGAGGCAUGUUUCAAACUCUUGUAAACUUACUUCAUCUCAAGCUGACAAUGAAAAAUUAGAGGCUAUUAUUGCUGAUGAUGACAUUUUUUGCUGAAGAGAUGCCAAAUGUCCCAGAUAAGGCAGAUGAAGCUCUGUUUUUAAACAGUCUAGCUUUAUACUAUCUUAAAUUGCAAGCCAAGUUGUUACUUCUAUCUUCAGUUAUUCAGACAAUUAUUGAAGAUUAACAGAAUAUUCAUGAUGUAAGCCAGUCAAAUCUUUUUUAGAAAUUGACUGAAAAGUUGAGUCAAGUUGGAAUUUUGGAAUGUGAGAUUAACAAAAUCAUUGAUGUUCUUAAAUCAGAAGAUCUGCUCAUUCAAUGCAACACAGUGCUGAAGACAGACCAGAGGAGGAAGACCAUAUUCAAGGAAAGUUUCAGGCUCCAGUGAGGAUGGGCCAAACCUGGAUGAAAAUCCAAGAAGGAAUUUUCAGUUGCUGUUGCGCUUAUU